GAACGACAUCCGUUCUCCAGUACUCGUUCUCUGUAUUCCGACUCGAUCAGCUGAUGACGUAACAUAGACGAGCGUUCUCGCGAGAGGUAUCAGAGGUAUCUUGUGUACUCGUGUCAGCUUUUUCGUGGGUACGAGGGCAUCCAAUUACAGCGCGGAGGUGCCUCGCUGUAACCCGUCUCAUUAUCAGUGUUCCGCCUGUGGACUCGCUCGGCCGUACAUCAAAAACCGGCUCGUUAUCACGCGCUCGCGUCGCUCAUUCGCUUUCUCGUUUGCUCAUUCAGUCAUUCACGUAGCACCACGACCGCGUUAUCACGCUGGGACAUCGAAAGGGACAACGAGGGUUGUGGAAAUAGACAGGCAAAGAAGAGCGGAUCUGACCGUAUCAAAAUGAGCGUGGACGCGUAUGGGCCCAGCAGCCAGACCCUGACAUUCCUCGAUACCGAGGAGGCUGAUCUCAUCGGCGCGGACACGCAAGGCAGCGAAUUUGACUUCACGGACUUUACUUUGCCGUCACCGAGCCAGACUCAGGCUUCGCAGCACGACGCGACACAAACACAAUCGAGUCAGCCUAUACAGGUAAAUGGAACAAGUGGUAGUUCAUCAUUGGAUUUGAAAAUUACUGGAGCAGCCCAAAGUCUUGCAGAAUUACAAUUUGAAGAAGAAGAGGAGGAAGCUUACUAUAAUCGUGAUUUACCUGAUCAUGCUUGUAAAUACUGUGGUAUCCAUGAAGCUUCUUGCGUGGUCAUGUGUAAUGUCUGUCGUAAGUGGUUUUGCAAUGGACGUGGUAAUACUUCAGGAUCACAUAUUAUCAAUCAUCUCGUGCGUGCUAAACAUAAGGAAGUCACUUUACACAGAGACGGUCCUCUCGGUGAAACGGUAUUAGAAUGUUACAACUGCGCCACGAGAAAUGUUUUUGUAUUGGGCUUUAUUCCUGCCAAAGCUGAUUCUGUGGUUGUGUUACUUUGUCGACAACCAUGUGCGGCACAGAGUUCCUUGAAAGAUAUGAAUUGGGAUCAGGAGCAAUGGAAACCUUUGAUUGAAGAUCGCAGCUUCUUAUCUUGGCUGGUGAAAAUCCCGUCUGAGCAGGAGCAGUUAAGAGCCAGACAGAUCUCUGCGCAACAGAUUAACAAAUUGGAAGAACUAUGGCGGGACAAUGUCGACGCGACUUUCCAAGAUCUGGAAAAACCCGGAGUAGAUGAGGAGCCACAACAAGUUUUGCUGCGCUACGAAGACGGAUAUCAAUAUCAAAAUAUUUUUGGUCCACUUGUAAAAUUAGAAGCUGAUUAUGACAAACGAUUGAAAGAAUCUCAGACUCAAGAAAAUAUCGAAGUACGUUGGGAUGUUGGAUUAAAUAAGAAGAUUAUCGCAUAUUUUAUGCUGGCUAAAACGGACGGUGAUAUGAAACUAAUGCACGGUGACGAGUUGAGACUCCGUUACCUUGGAGAACUUCAUAAACCUUGGUCGGGAAUCGGUCAUGUAAUUAAAAUCCCCGAUAAUUAUGGAGAAGAAGUUGGAAUCGAGCUUAAAAACAAUUCUGGAGCGCCAACAGAAUGCAACAGCAACUUCGUUGUUGACUUUAUUUGGAAGAGUACAAGUUUCGAUCGAAUGCAAUCGGCAUUGCGCAAGUUCGCUGUGGAUGACUCAUCAGUAUCGGCUUAUAUAUAUCAUCGGUUAUUGGGUCACGAAGUGGAAGAAGUUUUGUUCCGCUGUCAUCUUCCUAAGCAUUUCAGCGCACCGAAUCUACCCGAUUUGAACAGGUCUCAAGUGUACGCCGUGAAACACGCGGUGCAACGACCUUUGUCCUUGAUCCAAGGGCCACCUGGCACUGGCAAGACAGUAACGAGCGCAACCAUAGUUUAUCAACUCGUGAAGCAAAACGGUGGUCCGGUUCUUGUAUGCGCACCCUCCAACACCGCCGUUGACCAGUUGACCGAAAAAAUACACAAGUCAAAUCUGAAGGUUGUGCGAUUGUGCGCAAAGUCGCGAGAAGCCAUCGACUCGCCGGUGAGUUUCCUCGCGCUUCACAAUCAGAUCAAAAACAUGGAGACAAAUACGGAACUGCAGAAGCUGCAACAGCUGAAAGACGAAACGGGCGAGUUGUCAAGUGUCGAUGAGAAACGUUAUAGGCUUUUGAAAAAAGCAGCGGAGAAAGAGUUACUGGAGGCGGCCGAUGUGAUCUGCUGUACAUGCGUCGGUGCCGGAGACCCAAGAUUGCACAGAUUGAAGUUCCAUUCAAUACUCAUCGACGAGAGUAUGCAGGCCACUGAGCCGGAGUGCAUGGUGCCAGUUGUUCUAGGAGCCAAGCAACUGAUUCUUGUCGGAGAUCACUGUCAAUUGGGUCCGGUGGUAAUGUGUAAAAAGGCAGCCAGAGCAGGCCUGUCACAGUCACUAUUCGAAAGAUUAGUAGUACUCGGAAUCAGACCUUUUCGGUUGGAGGUGCAAUACCGAAUGCAUCCUGAUCUCUCACGAUUCCCGUCCAAUUUCUUCUACGAGGGUUCUCUGCAGAACGGUGUAUGCGCUGACGAGAGGAAGUUGCUGAAGAUCGACUUCCCUUGGCCUGUACAAGACAAACCAAUGUUCUUUUACGUUACGCAAGGUCAAGAAGAGAUAGCAGGUAGCGGCACGUCUUACUUGAAUCGCACCGAGGCGUCCAACGUGGAGAAGAUAACUACUCGAUUUCUACGUUGCGGUGUGAAGUCUGAGCAAAUUGGGGUAAUCACCCCGUACGAGGGCCAACGAGCCUUCCUGGUGCAGCAUAUGCAGUAUCAAGGCUCCUUACAUUCAAAAUUGUACCAGGAGAUCGAAGUAGCGAGUGUAGACGCUUUUCAAGGACGUGAGAAGGACAUCAUUAUAAUGUCCUGCGUGCGGUCCAACGAACAUCAAGGUAUCGGAUUCUUGAAUGAUCCUAGAAGAUUGAAUGUGGCGUUGACUCGCGCGAAGUACGGUAUCAUCAUCGUCGGCAAUCCCAAGGUGCUCUCGAAGCAAGCACUGUGGAACCAUCUGCUAAAUUUCUACAAGGAGCAAAAGGUGCUGGUCGAGGGCCCGUUGAACAAUCUGAAGGAAUCCAUGAUUCAGUUUGCCAAGCCGAAGAAACUCGUGAACGCUGCCAAUCCAGGCUCUCAUUUCAUGUCCACAUCUAUGUACGAUGCGCGAGAAGCCUUGAUCCCUGGCUCGGUAUACGACCGCUCUGGCAGUGGCCAAGUGAACGGUGCGCAAAAUCACAACCCGUACUAUCAACGAAACAUGCCGGUGGACAUGUUCAGCAGGACCCACGACACUAUCAGCUAUAUCAGCCCGGAAAGAGCACAGGCGGCGAUGAACAACGUACCCGUACCGGUGGGUAUGUUCAUGAACAUGGCGCACGUGCCGCCGCGUUUCUACAAUCAGCACCAGCAGGCCGUACAAGCGCGGCAAAAUCAGCGUAACCGUCGCGGCGUCGUCAGCACCACCAGAAAUAAGUCAGGUCCACGUUUAGGCAAACUCAGCCAAACCGAACAGAACACACAGCCGUACAGCCAACCAGGUCUGCCACUCACUCAGGGCACGACACAAGGCAUGUCGCAGCCGGGCUUCAGUCUGUCGCAACCUGGACUAAGCCAGGCAGAGCUUUCGCAAGACUCGUUCGCUGUGGGUGAGUUCCAAUCGCAGAUGGACGGCCUGUUGUCGCAGGACUCAACUUAUCAGGGCGACCGUAGCGGUUUCUAUCAAUCCGGGCAGUCGCAGGCCGGGGGACAAUUCUCCCAGCCUUAUUGAGCCGAGACUGUACGGCUGAGCAAUGCAAUUGCCAUGCAGCGUCGCGGGAGCGACUGAGGGCUCGUUCGACCAAUUCUUCUUCGACCAACAACCACAAAUCACUAACUGCGCAAAACGGUAAAACGGCUCGGCGAUCGAGUACGGUAUAUGCAAAUACAUUGCAGUCGUCGGCUUGAGGUAAAAGGAGGACGGAAGAGGAGAAUGAAGGAUUCCAUAAUAAGGACCAAUUCGCCGUUCGAGAACACUUCAUCAUGGACGGCGCAGAUGGCAAGGUUCGCCCAUCUGUACUUGGCUGUAACGGGUGCGACUAAUAAAGACAGAACGGAGACAUCGCAUACACACACGCGCACACGCGCAUAUGCACACAUACACACACACACACACACACACACACACACACACACACAUACCACAUCACAUACACAAUUCCAAAAUCAUCGUGCGCGCCAACACUAACCGAGGAAAGAAAAGGAUACGACAACAUACAGAAAAGCGGGAAGACGACAAACGCUACCACCAAUCACUGUGACCACGCGCUUACCGUGAACGGACCGUUUUAUCGCGGGGAUCGAGUGACGCUAGAGUUAAAAAGAAAAAAAAAAGAAAAGAUAGAUAUAUGAUAAAAAAGGCAUUGAAAAAAUCGAGAAAAAAUGGGACGUGUAACGCGCUUCAUGACUCGACCGAAUUCGACAAAGUGUGCCAACGUAGCAUCAGUAAUGACGACAUAAUAAUACAUAUCGGACAUAUCUGUACGACACGAAGAACAUUCGUGGAGGAUCUUUACAGCAGUCUUCGAACGAUGAAAGAUCGAACCACGAUAGCAUCGAAAACGCUACGUGCUUCACCCGCUUCGCCACCGGCGAAUCAACAUAUAAGAAAGGAAAAGGAAGAAAUAAAACAGAAAUGAAAGGAAACUGAUUAACCAUAACAUUUCGGUUAUCUGCAAAGAGCGAAGUGAAAAAGCACUUCCCUCGACAGCAUGUGAUUCCUCUCUCUCUCUUUCUCUCUCUAUCUCUUUUCUUUCUUUCUCUUAAUCUGGACUACCACCUAGAACUGAGAGCAAAAACUAAAAGUACCAUCACACACCGUACUACGAACUUGCCGCUUGAAUGCGUGGGCGCACGUCGCACGGAGAGUCGAUAUCAAGUUCUCCGACGGGACAUUGUCGAAGAAAGCCAACCGUCGUCAGACAGUAUGAGGCCAAUACUUCAGUAUCAUCGCGAAGGAUGGGCAUCCUUCGUCAGAGGGCCGGCCGGCGCGCUCGGCCAGCCGUGUGAAAUUUAAUUAUACUGAUCAUGUUUAUUAUCGUUAGUUUUUCUCUUACGUUAUAUCCAUAAUAUUGCUUAUUUACCGCAGGGGUCGGCAGGGCGUAAGAUUGAAGGAGAAAAAAAUUGUUUUCUUCCAGUAGAAAAAGAAAAUUAUGAGAGCUGUAGUAGCGGUCUCGAUGUUCUCGGAAGAGACACCACACGGGGAAUGGCUUCAGGAAAUAUAUUCAGAAUAUCGUUUUUUCGUAUAUACGCGAUGAUUAUAAACUCAGAAGUGAAAAUUUUUUACAUUUGUGCUACUUCUCUUGGACAUAGCACACAGCCGCAAAUCAUAUAUGACUAGAUUAUUGCACAUAUUUUUUUUUGUUAAAUAACACUGUUAUCCAUAGUGAUACAAUCAAUGUUAUGCGAGUUGCAUUCGUGAAUAACGAUUUUGUAUAUUUCUGCAAAACAAUAUGAAUUAAGCGUAUACAAUGUAUAUAAGACGUACGCUGAUAGACGUUCCGCAAAAUAAGUAUGUAUCCGCGCGUAAAAGUAUUGGUAUGUAUAAAAUAUAAACUAUAUUUAUAUACACACAUUCGCGCGCGCACAUGCAAAAUCGUUACUCGCGAAUACUCUCCGGCUAUUACUGGGUACAAAA